AUGUCUUCCUCUUCCACUUCCUCUUCGUCCACCCUCACCUCCUCCUCUUCGUCCCUUGCCGCCAGCCUCUCCAAUUCCCUAGCCAAAUUCAAAUCCAUUUCAAGCAGCACGCUGAGUCCGCUGGCCAUCGUGGUUCUCGCGUGCGUGGCUUUCAUUCUCAUCUUGCGCCUCCUCCUCCUGCUGCUACGGCGGAACAGUCGGUUAGGACCCCUGCCGCCGGAUCUGCCGUGGGUCGCGCGUAACGAGAAGGCGUGGGUCCUGCGCGACCUGCGGACCAGGCUGUGGUGUUUGCUUAACUAUGAGGAGGCCCUCAGGAGGGCGUAUGAUCAGUUCGCUCGCCACAACAAGGCGUGCAUCCUUGCCACCCUCGACGGAGAGGUCGUUCUCCUUCCGCCUUCAAACACACCCUGGCUGAUCGCCCAGCCCGACAAUGUCCUCAGCGUCAAUGGCGCGCACAAACAUAUCUUGCAGACCCGAUAUACCUUCCCGAAACCCGAGAUUAUGGAUCCGACUGUCCAUUUCGACGUCAUCAAGUCGGAGUUGACCCGGCAAGUCUUCAACGUGACGCCCGAAGUGUGUGAUGAGUUGGCGGCCGCUGUGGAUCACAUCUGGGGUAGCGAAGCCGAUCCCGAUUUCGAAUUCUACUCCGAUGCUGAAGGUUGGAAGACCGUGGUACUCUUUGACAGUCUCACCAAGAUUAUAGCUAGGAUCUCUAACAGGGUCUUUGUGGGCCUACCGCUCUGCCGUGACGAGCGAUACCUCAAGAACGCAAUUGGUUUUGCAGAAGACAUCGCCUUCUCCGCAACAAUAUUACGUCUUCUCCCUGGCUUCAUUCGCUCUCUUGUCGCGCCGAUAGUGACGUCUCCCAAUCGUAAACAUACUCGUGAGUACACCGAAAUCCUCACACCUGAGAUUCUCCGGCGUCAGCGCCUCCAGCAAGAAACUGCGAGCGAUGCCAAGUCCGUGCACAAAGAUCACGAAACGGAGCAGAACGGGGACACAGUGAAGAACGACUUCCUCCAAUGGCUCUUAACCCGCUCGCUCACCAAAUCGUAUCUUUCGCCGGACGAAACGGAUCCGCGGAUUAUAUGUGCGCGCCUUCUGCAUGUGAACUUCGCAUCCGUUCAUACUACCAGUUUCAUUGGGACCAACGCCUUACUGGACAUCCUUGCCGCACCACUAAAUGAACGCGUGCUGGAAACGCUGCGGAAGGAGGCUCUGGACACCAUGGAGCAAGAUGCAGCAUCUGGACCGGCGGCAAGGAUGUGGUCGCGCACGGGCAUCGCCAAAAUGCACUACCUCGACUCGGCGCUACGGGAAAGUUCGCGUCGCGCGAGCAUCAUCGGCGUAGGUGUGAACAUGAAGGUCGUUGCCCCCGGAGGUAUCACGACACCCGAUGGUACACAUCUGCCUGAGGGAUGUAUGGUGGCCACACACAGUUGGGGAUGCCAUAAUGACGAAAAACUUUAUGCCGGGGCAGGUAAAUACAAGCCCUUUCGGUUUGUGGAGUUGAAAGAUAAAAUCUCCACUGGUGCCAGUGAUGGCGAUAGAGACAAGGCAGAUCGAGAGAAGGAGUACCUAGAUAAAGCACACCUCUCCUUCAUCGCCACCUCGCCCUCGUACCUCGGGUUCGGACACGGUCGGCACGCGUGUCCCGGAAGAUUCUUCGCUGCGCAGGAGCUGAAGCUGUUACUCGCGUACUUGCUCUCACGGUAUGAGAUACAGAUGGCCAUGGAAGGUGGGAUUGGAGGGAAUUGGAAUGGUAAGGGCGUUAGGCCUGAGUGUUAUUGGGCGGGACCGAACCAUGUCCCGCCGAUGGGAGCCAAAGUGAGAGUGAGACGACGGAAGGAGUUCCGAUAG